UCGCAGUGACCUCACCGAGGUAGAGUUUCUACUCAGUUGCGUUACUAAAACACCUGUUGGCGGACAAUAGGAAACUAACGUUGUUGUGUUUGCAGAACUAUUUUUAAACGUUUAGUUGGACUCAGUUCGUAUUAGGUUGUGUUUUGAACUGUACUUAAGAGGGUAGCGGAAGCGCUGGUUGUCCGAAUAUGGGGCCUCUUGCGGGUCGGGAUGUGUUUUCGUGGUUACUGGUGGCCUCUUUCCUCCAGGUGUCGAGUGUGCGCUUGGCGCAGGCCACUUACCUGUGCACCGCAUACCUGAAUGUUUCCUAUGUCGCCCCUGACACGAACCAAACAACUUGGCGUCAGGACGAAAUCGGGUUGUAUGGACAAGAUUCACCCAAAACUUCUGUCUCGGGGAGCGUGUAUUUAGCGAGACCAAUGUACGGUUGUGACUGGGACACGGUUUAUCUCCGACCGAACGUCACCAAGGGAUGGAUCGCCUUAAUUCAGCGCGGAAACGGAUGCACUUUCACCGAUAAAAUUAACAUCGCGGCUGUGAAUGGCGCUGUCGCUGCUAUUAUUUUUAACGAUUAUAGUACAAUGGACAAUCGGGUUAUUCAGAUGUCUCACCCAGGCACGAACAUCAUAGCGGUUAUGAUUGGCUACGUCCGUGGGAUGGAGCUAGUACAGCUGCUAAACAAAGGCAUCCCCGUUACCAUAGAAAUAGAAGUUGGGAAGCAGCAGCGCAGUCCCUGGAUGAGUCACUACUCCGUGUUUUUCGUCUCCAUCUCCUUCUUCAUUGUCACCGCGGCAACAGUUGGAUACUUCAUCUUCUUUUCCGCCCGGAGACUGAACAACCUCAGACGGCAAAACCGCAAUCAGAAAAACCUGAAAGCCAAAGCAAAGAAGGCAAUUGGUCAGCUGCAGCUGCGUACGCUGAGGCAGGGAGACCAGGAGACCGGCCCUGAUGCUGAUACCUGUGCUGUGUGUAUUGAAUUGUAUAAACCAGGAGAUGUGCUAUCAAUUCUCACAUGCAAUCAUUUCUUCCAUAAGUCCUGCAUAGAGCCAUGGCUGCUGGAGCACAGGACCUGCCCGAUGUGCAAAUGUGAUAUUCUUAAAGCCCUCGGAGUCGAGAUGGAUGUGGAGGAGCAACCACAUAUUUUGGUGCCUGAUUUUAGAUCUUUUUCCAUUUCUGAGGACCUGCCCAGUGAGACGGCAUCACACACACAAAGUGAGACUGCAUCCUCUGGAUAUGCAUCCAUGCACGGAAUCGAACCGUCCGCUUUUGAAGACACACUAAACGGUCUGCGAGAUGAGCAGCUGGAGGUGCCGCCUCAAUAUGACAAUCUUGCCUUCGAGAGUGAUGUUUACACUCAAAAUGAAGUCAGGACCUGAGUAGCCAGACAAACACUAAUAUAUACACUAAUAUAUACUAGACUGAAACAGAUAAAUGAGUUCUGAUUUGAGGACUUGUAGUCAUUUUGAAACACUGCUGAGCCCUUUGCUGAUUAGUUUCUGACUAAGUGCCUAUAAAUAUUCUCUCUCACUGUGACUUUUUGACUCUGUGCUUGAUCUCAGUGAUUUCUGGGACAAUCAGAGAGCAUGAUUUAAUUCUCUAUGAUUAAUUCAGGGAAUGAUUAUUACUUCUUCAGGGUGUAAUUCCCACUGUGGUUGUGUUAGGGUUGAGACUUCGCCUUCCUUAGCAUUGUGAUGUAUUCAGAGCAGCUGUGGAAACCGAGAGUGAGUGCGCCGCCUGCUGUACAUCAAUGGAUAUAACACAUAGUGUACUUCCCUCCCACCCCUGGUUUCAGAGUUUAUUGAAAUAUAUUGUUCCAGUUUGAUGGAAAUUUUAAAUUUUAGAGUAUAUUGCGCCUUACACACAUGUUAUGUGUGUGUGCAAAUUUAUAUUAUUCAUUGCAUAGACCUAAUGGGUUACUUUUAAGAAUGAGUUCUGAUUUGAAUGUUUAAAUAAGGGAUUAAUUAUUUGCUCUUUUAAAAUGAAAAUAAUUUUACAUAAAAAUUAACAUUGUAAAUAA